AAACUGCUCGCUCCACGUAAACAAAGAAGAGGAUCGCAAAAACCGCCUCGGGCACAGAACAAAUUUAUUUUAUAUCGGAAAGAUUAUACUGCACGCAUCAAAAAGGAAAACCCUAAUAGAGCAAAGUUAAUGAAAACGCAAGACUUCUCGAAAGAAGCCAGUUAUAACUGGGAUUCGCAAUCGACGGAUGUGAAACAAUUUUUUACGGUCUUAGCUGAUACUGUAAAUACAAUACAUAAAGCGACGUAUCCAGGAUACGUUUACGAGCCUGAAAAACGAGAAAAACAAGUUAAAGAUGAAUAUGAAGAGUUGUUUGAGGAGAUCAUUGAUUCUACUCAAUGCUCUUAA